AUGUUUUCAAUUCUUGAACUUCUACUUAUUCUACUUUUAAAUUCUGUUUUCUUGAAACACUCUGGUUUUGCUCAGGAUCUAGAAAAAGCUGACCACUUCAUCUACCAUGGCUUCAAUGAAUCGAAUCUGAAUCUUAACGGAAUUGCGAAAAUUCAUUCAAAUGGCCUGUUAGAGUUAACAGACAUAUCAUAUUACAAACUUGGUCGUGCUUUUUUUCCAUUUCCUUUGAAUUUCUCUAAGUCUUCAUUUUCAACCAACUUCGUUUUCGCCAUCGAUCCUCAGAUGCCGAAUCUUGGCGGCCACGGCUUUGUUUUCGCGAUAUCUCCGUCUCCAAAGUUUACAGGCGCGUGGGCUAUAGAAUACUUCGGAUUGUUCAACUCUUCAACAAUUGGCUUGGAUUCGAAUCAUGUCUUCGCGGUUGAACUUGACACUAUACCGACUCUUAAUUUUUUAGACAUCGACAAUAAUCAUGUCGGAAUUGAUGUGAAUAAUUUGGUAUCAAACGUGUCAGCUUCAGCAGGAUACUAUUCAGACAAUGAACUUAAAAGCUUGCAGCUGAUAAGUCGAAAUCGGAUGCGAAUUUGGAUAGAUUAUGAUGAGGCCGAGAAGCUAGUAAAUGUAACCCUCGCUCCUAUAACAAGCACGAAACCCGGAAAGCCUCUUCUGUCAAAAAAAAUCGAUCUUUCUUUAGUUCUGACGGAUUCUAUGUAUGUCGGUUUUUCGUCAUCGACAGGAUCUAUGGCGAGCUAUCAUUAUAUUCUUGGUUGGAGUUUCAACAAAAGUGGGCCAGCUCAAAAUCUUGAUAUCUCAAAGCUUCCUUCACUUCCAGGUAAAAGAAAAUUAGGUAAAAAAGAACCAGAUUUAAGAAUUAUGAUCCCCUUGAUUACAGCAAGUGUUGUGGCGAUUGUAAUCUUCGGAGGUGUUUAUAUAAGGAGGAAGAAAUACGAAGAAUUGCGCGAAGAUUGGGAAGAAGAAUACGGACCUCAAAGAUUUUCCUAUAAGAAUUUGUAUAAAGCAACCGAAGGAUUCAAAGAGAAAAAAAUUCUCGGAAUUGGAGGUUUCGGAAAGGUCUAUAAAGGCAUAUUGCCUUGUUCGGAUACACAAGUUGCAGUCAAGAAAUUUUCGCAUAAUUCUGAACACGGAAUGAAGCAAUUUGUAGCGGAAAUUGCAAGUAUGGGAAGGCUAAGACAUAGAAAUUUAGUUCAACUUCUUGGUUAUUGUAGACGAAAAGGCGAGCUUCUCUUGGUAUACGAUUAUAUGCCGAAUGGGAGCCUCGACAGAUUCCUAUUUCAGAACGACACGCCAAAUCUGAACUGGGUUCAACGGUAUCAAAUCUUAAAAGGAGUUGCAACCGCACUUCUUUACCUCCACGAAGAAGGGGACCGGGUUCUUCUCCAUCGAGACGUAAAAGCUAGCAAUGUCAUGUUAGAUGCGGAAUUUAUCGGAAAGUUAGGAGAUUUCGGACUAGCUAAGUUUUACGAUCACGGAUCAUUUCCUCAAACGACUUGUAUUGUUGGAACUGUAGGAUAUCUAGCACCAGAAGUUUCAAGAACAGGACGGGCCACUACGAGCAGUGAUGUUUUUGCUUUCGGGAUACUUAUGUUGGAAAUGGCUUGCGGAAGAAGAACUAUAGAGCCGGAAAGACCACAUGGAGAGAUGAUUUUGGCAGACUGGGUUCUCGAUUGUUGGAAACGAGGCGUGAUUGUUCAGACGAGCGAUUUUCAAUUAGACGGUAAAUAUAUGGUCGAAGAAAUGGAAUUGGUACUGAAGUUAGGUCUUCUUUGUGCUCAUUCUAUACCGUCAAUUAGGCCUACGAUGAGGCAAGUGAUGCAAUAUCUAGACGGAAAGGCUGCCUUGCCGGACACACUACUCGAUACUCCUCGUACCGGUUUGGCCUUCGUUGACCGCGAAGCAGCUCUACGUAGCAGCUUGUCAUUUCCUUUAUCAUCUGACUACUCCAGCUUUUCUAUCACCACCUCGGUCCUUAGUUCGGGUCGUUGAAUCUUCAAA